AUCGAAGUGAUGCUCACCUUCCUGUGACUGGUUGUGUUACAUCACCUGCAUUCAUUUACUCUGUGAUUAAUAAAGUUUUGAUAAAAAUAAUUAUUUUCGAAUUACUCCAGUGUAAAAUCCUGUGCGCAAAGGAAUUUAUAUACCCUUCGUCUCUAAUAUCUUUUUGGGUGAGUCCCAAACAGAUAUAUACAGUAUGGAAGCCUCUUAUGAGACCUGAUCUCCCAUGUGAUAUGCGAAUAGACCAUAUGGCCCUUGGAUUGUGGGCUCGAUUGCGUCACUUGUGGCAGCAAAAGCACAAGCUCUCGAAAAAGAAUAAGGAGAGCAAACAUUACAUCCCGUUGCCAGUGAACAGUAGUUUAAUUUCUUUCUAUCCACAUGUUAACAUGCUGGUCAGUCGAAUUUAA